GUGAUGGGGAUGCGUACCAAAAGGCUGCUGCUUCGCUAACAGGGCUCACAUGAGGAUCAAUGGAGCUUUGGCGUAAUGCAGCACGGAGAGGCUCACAUCCCUGGAGAUUGUGGUACGCAAAAUCGGUUUGAAAUGUCCGACUUUAACAACCGAAGCCAAACCACCACAAGUCGCAGUGACUACGUGUGGCAGUAUGAAUAUUAUGACGACGAGGAGCCCGUGUCUUUUGAGGGACUCAAAGCGCAUAGAUACUCCAUCGUCAUCGGCUUCUGGGUUGGACUUGCUGUGUUUGUCAUUUUCAUGUUCUUUGUGCUCACUCUGCUCUCAAAGACAGGAGCGCCACAUCAAGAAAACCCAGACACUGCUGAAAAGCGCCAUCCACCAAGCAGCUGUCUAGUAGACAUCCACACUCCUCAGGAUGAAAAUGACAAAGCCUUCUCUCGUCCGUUGCUAACGGAGUCUCGUUCUUAUUUUCAUUUCUACAUUAAUAACGAGGAGGAUCAGCUUCAGGGGAAGCAAAACCCAGAGGACGAGAGAGUUGGAAAGCACAGCGGGGUGCGAGCCCAGCAGCGGACCAGAGGUAUCAGCUCCUCUGGGAUGGACGAGAUGGAAGAGGAUGUUGAGGAAGCUGAGGGACACCAACCUCUCAGGGGACUAAUAGAGGAGAGUCAGGCAGACAGAGAAUGUUCCUUCUUUUCCCACUUCAACAUCCCUAACUUUGUGAACUUGGAGCACAGUUCAACACUUGGAGAGGAUGAUCUGCUAUAUGAGCCCUCUGUCAUACUGGAGCGCCAGUCUCAAUCUCAGGAUGCUCACCGUGACAUCCACUGAGUCUGUUUAUACGAAGACAUCACAGGCAUGGACAUAGUGUUAUUGUUAAAUUACAUGGCCAUUUGUGAUCUGAUGGGGAAAUCACACACACGCCUGACACACAGCUACCUUUUUUCCUAAAAAAGUGUCUCUACUUGGAGAGUUUUAGCCUUUUCAGGGAGCAUACAUGUAGAUCAACAAGCAAAAGGGCACAAUUCCAUACUAAGUGUAACUCAGUUAUAAGAUGAGAUUUAUUCCUGAAUAUAAAAUUGCCUCUCAAAUGGUACGCUUUACUGUGAGUACUAGGUUACUCUGAAAUGGAUGCAGCUUUAUUGUGCCUGGACUAGAUGUCUUUCCAAACAAAAUAAGAGGAGUGGCUCACCAGGGAGAGAUGCUUGGUACAAUUCAUUCUGCUAUUAUUGCUGUCUUGCUUUCUUGUUCAGUUCCGUACAAUGGACAUUAUCUCCCCAGCAGGACACGGAUGCCAGAUUAAAAGCAUGGAAUUCAAUAAUGUUUGUUCUAAAAUGAAGUGCCCUCUAUUAGAAAAGGUGAAAUGUACUUUAACCGUGGGAUUAGUACCACAAAAUCAAACGUAUCAUUACAGGGUAGGUAACCCAAGACCUUGGAUGACAAUGUGAUAUAAUACUUUUGUAUUACUAUGAACAUAGUGGGGAGAUAUAGCAACUAAAGAGCCACACAUUUCCUUGGAGCUGAAAGGUAAUGACUCAAAAUAAAUGUUUACAUUGCUCCGUAUUUACUGGAUAUGUAAAGAAAGUAUUUGCUAAUACAUGUCAACUUCAAGUUGAUAAUAUGUCAAUGUGGUGUUUCAAGUGGCCAAACAAUUAAUGAAUGCAUGUUGGA